AUGGACGGGUUUAUACACGCAUCCAAUCCAGACUUCGAGUUUGAUUUUUCCGAUAUUGGGGAUUUCAAAACUUUGAACAAGUUGUCGCUUUGUCUGACGUAUGUGGAUUAUUCAAAAAUUAGUCACUUGAAAUCUUUGGAGAAGCUAUAUAUAGAAGAUUGUUUCAAUCUUUCACGAUUCAAAAACGUGCUCAUGAAUUUGAAAAAUUUGAGAAAGAUAAUUAUCGUUGAUUGCAAAUUCGAUGGAUUUUCGGAUGACAUCAUUCUUGAGAAUCUCGAGGACUUGAAAUUGACUGCCUGCUCAUUGUACAAAUUGGGAGGUUUAGGAGGUUGCUUAAAUUUGAAAUCCUUAAUGGCGAUAGAAAGUAAAAUCGAGGAGGUGACUACAGAUUUGAGCAUCUUUUUGAAAUUGGAAAACCUUGAUUUGGCAGAAAAUAACCUUUCAACAUUGGAAAACAUUCAUUCGAUACCCAAUUUAAAAACCUUGAAUGUUGAAGAGAAUGAUUUUGUGGCAAUUGAUAAGCCUUUGAAUUAUCCGAAGUUGACGGAACUAAUAAUUAGCAGUAAUAUCAUCAAGGUUCUAGAUGACAAGAAUUCACCGUUGAAAUCUUUAGAAAUAUUGAAAUACCAAUGUUGUGGCCUUGAAAAAAUAUCCGUCGAUUUCUCCAAAUUUGAAAAAUUAAGAGAACUUUCACUUGACUCCUCGAUGAAUUUUGGAACCUACAUUGUAUCUAUGAAGCCAUUUACAAGAAUAUCUUCUUUGGAAACAUUGAACCUCAGUGCAACUGAUUUGACAGAGAUCGACCACCAGUUAUGUGGUGAUCGGUUAACUUCAUUGUGUUUACUGGAUAAUGAUAUUGCGGAACUUAAAAACUUGGAAUCAUUAGUGCAUUUGAAAUAUUUGGAAGUUGCCCAUUGUAAACUUACUUCAAUCAAAAUGAACUUUUCCUGCUUGAAGAACCUCGAGGAAUUAUGUUUGCAUGAUAAUAAUCUCAGCUCAUUUGAAAAUAUUAAUGAUAUUCCCAGCCUUAUUAAACUAAAUUACACAAAAACAACCUCCAAAAAAUCGAUCUUCCUUUGA